GCGAGAGCCAAAACUUGAUGCAAAGGCUGCCAGUCACAUGCAACCUCCCUCUGUAGAUUCCAUAAUGAAAGAUGCCAGCUUGGGCACAAAGUGCGCCUCAGAUCUCACCUCUAUACUGGAAGACAUUCAAAAGUCAAUGUCUGACAAUAAAGCUCUGAAUAUGGCCUUAACCGUCGUUCAGACGGGCUUGCAUAACCUCAACCAGGCUUUCCAGGAAAGAUCCAAGGAAGUCAAGGAAAGAGAGCACUCAAACAAAUAUGACAUCAGCAAUAAGAUGGCACAUCUAAGCCCUCAGUUACAUAUGGAAAGAGAAAUGAUGCACCUCAAAGACAAAUUAACAGAUUUGAUGGAACAGAAGGAAGCUCUUCUGUUCCAUAUACGUACUCUGCAGGAUCACAACCAUCAUAGAGAUGGUCCCCUGCCUAAAUCAACAGUGGUGUACCUAGACUCACAGCCUAGCAGUAAUACAGAACCAGCUGCAACUUCUCGAACCUCUACAAACGAACAAACUCUAAAUACAAACAAUGACCUACCUCCCUCCUUAACCCUUUACCCUCGACCUUCCUUAACGUCCUUCCUUAAUGUCUCAGAGGCUGCUCCUGUAAAGGAGGAGACUGAAAGUGUUGUACAGCAGAUAGAGAAAAAGAUUGCACACCUGCUCCAGGAGUUUCGGGAGACUGUGUUUGAAAUCCUUGAGAACUAUGAUGCAAACCAGCUAGGGGCUGUGAAUGAAAUGACCAACGGCCAUGAUAUAGUGAAACUCUAUCAGUUUCUACAGUCCUCCAUGCACGAUUGCUUUGAUGAUAUAAUGUCACACAUCCGCGAACGAUGUAAAGAAGAAAUCAUAGAUCUGCCCUUUCAAGAUCUGUCCCUGUUUGAGUCUGAGCUGUGGGAUAGUCCUGAAGUGCCUCCCAGCGAGAUGCUGAAAGAAAUCAGUGAAGAAAUCAAGAAGCAUGGCAAGUCAAUUGAAAAUGCCGGGGAAUCUUUGAAAGCUCUGUACACACAACCAGGAAAGAAGAGGUGCAGCCACACCAUGCCUGAACUCCUGGACAUGUUUAAGAACAUCAGUGACAUGGGAAAGCAGCAGGCCUGUAAGAUGCGCCUUACCCUUGAGAGCUUGUGUGUAAUGCACAGACGAAUACAAAAGGAAGAGCCAGCAGAUAUCCCUCUCCCUUUACCUCAGAGUACCUUAAUGGUAGAGCUAAAGCCAGCUAAACCCAAGAUGGUAGAACAAAAGAACCCAGAACCCAAGGUGGUUGAGAAACCGGACGUUAUCAAGGAACUGGUCCAGGACACACUUCCAAAGUCUUCCUUUCUUAUCCCAGAGCCACAGAAACUCCCGCCCAACAUGGAGUCAGUCAGUCCCAAGGACCACAUUGAUCGAUAUGUAGCAGAGAUGGCAGCGGCGGCCGAGAGGUUGUUGCGGCUGCGACGGAUGGGAUCCAUAUGCGUAAUCAAUGUGGAGUCUCAGAGGGCUAAUGCAAAGCUGCUCGAUCAGGCCCUCUUUAAGAGGAGCAUCUCCCCUCGGCUCUACCAUCUGAUCAGGGACAUCAUCAUGCAGACGCAGAGUAGCGUGGAGAACCGCCUCUGUUGCAUUUUGCAGAGGUUUAUGAAACAUGCAAGGCUCCAGCAAGUCUGUAAGAUUCUGAAUGCCAGAUUGCUUGAAGCACGCAACUUGAAUGAUGGUCAUACUAUAAGAAGGUGUUACUUCUACCUGCAAAAAGUGGAAAAGCUUCAGACAAAAGUAUCAAACAGUGGUUAUACUAAGCAAGCCUCCGUUGAUCUCAUUCGCAAAAACUGCAUGGCACGCAUGUUGUACUUAUUCAACCAGGUAAAAAUCAACAGUAAAAUUAGAAGAAAUAUAUCUUCUAUUAGAAUUUUUGAAAGCUUCAUUUCUACAAUAAAGGCUUUAUCCCCAAAUUCCACAGAUAAAAAUUGAUUAUGGCAUUCACCUGGCAGCACCAUAUUGCUGCUCAACCCAGGAAUGUUUACCAUUCCUGAUUCUGCCAGUAAGGCCGAAGAAAUUGCAGUGGUCGCUCAAUCCCUCCCCUUAUAGGCGCAGAUACCACUCAAACGCUCUUCCACCUCCUCAGUUCUCCUUCCUCUCCCCUUUGUCUCCCUUGCUCCAACUAUCUCAACACCAUGAGCCAACCACAGAAAGGUACCAAUUGCAGUCAUCACACAUCUACUUACAAGGAUGUAGCCACCUUAUGGUUAUACCCCUUGCAUAUGCUAAUGAUAACGCUAACUAAAUGUGAUGCCAUGGGGCUGCAUAUCAACAGCUGAAUAUAGAGUAAGUUAGCCAACCCUUACUGGAGUAGCGUCUGGUGAAUAUGAUGCAGUAUGAGUCUUGAUCUUCACUACAGGGAAACUGUGACACACCAGCACAGCCGCGAUAGCCUGUGGCGGGUACAGCACACUCACGAUUGCAAACGCAAAAAGUCAGCAGUGCCACCGCUGCCCAUGCCCACUAUUCCGCGUUUGAUUGAGAUGGAUGUGAACCAAGACAGAAGGAAAGCUCGGCGUACUCUA